CUCCGACAACAUUUCAUUCUCGCUCGUACUGUGUUAUUCAGUCUUUGCAACUAUCUCAUUCUAUAUAGAUACUCGAAUCAGAUACCUCUCAUUGUCGGCACUCAUCAUAUUAUAAUGGCGGACACAUCUCCCAAAGGCCCGUUCAAGCUUGUAACAGUCAACACAGCACCGGAGCGUGCGAAGCGAUUGAUUGGCCGCAUGGUCGAAGCAUUGAAAGAUAAAUACACAAUCAUUCACGCUGCAAACUGCGAAACAAUCGAACAAGUCGCACCCACAGUCACAGAAUUGCAACCAGACGUCCUUUUCUGCGCAUCCAUGUGGACGACAGAAGAAGCAACAAAGAUCCAAGAAACAGCCAAGAGACUCAGGCCUGGCAUAAAAACGUACGCAAUUCCACAUGGGCUGCAGGUUGAGCGGGGGCCGGAUGCCAUCGUCGAGCACUUAUUGCAGAAAGUUCCUGGACUGUUGGAUAGUAUAGAGCAGUGAGAUUUAUGCUAAGUGUAACGACGACCGAAACAUCAAGCUAGCUAGAGGCAUCCUGAAAAGUCUUGUAUCUAGUAUGGAAUGCUUCAAAAUCGCGUGCAUAGCCAUCCUCCCUACUUACAAGUCUCAAUUGCCAGCGCUGUAUAAUUG